AUGACAUACAAAAAAAGGGGACAUCGAAGAGAGGAUGCGGACAUGGUGACAAUGGUAAAAAAGUUGUCAUCAGUCGUUGAAAGUAGUAUCGCGACGUGCGAGCAUCUUACAGUUCUUCAAAAAAGGCCAGCAGCUUCAUUGCUCAUCUCCGGUCGUCAAAUACAUCAGCUAACAAGACUAUUUGGCCGCCCACGGUCUGCAACGAGGUUUCUCGCCAGCGUUGAAGCGAUAUUCUGA